AUGAUAAUUCUAGGUACAGCUAUUGGUAUGGCUUUCUGUUUACUUCAUGCCGUUUCUGGAGAAAGUGGCUAUGCUCAGAAUGGAGAGUUGGAAGAUGCAGAACCUGAUGACUACUCAUUCUCAUGCUUCAGUCAGUUGGAAGUGAAUGGAUCCCAUCACUCACUGACCUGUGCUUUUGAUGACCCAGAUGUCAACAGCACCAAUCUGGAACUUGAAAUAUGUGGUGCCCUCUUGGAGGUAAAAUGCCUGCAUUUGAAUAAACUUCAAGAUAUAUUUUUCAUCAAGACGAAGAAAUUCUUACUGAUUGGAGAAAGUAAAAUAUGUGUGAAACUUGAACAGAAAAGCUUAACUUGCAAAAGAAUGAACAUAGUCAAGAUUGUUAAACCCGAGGCUCCUUUUGACUUAAGAGUUGUCUAUCGUGAGGAAGCAAAUGAUUUUGUCGUGACAUUUAAUACAACGCACUUACAAAAGAGUUAUGUAAAAGAACUAGUGCAUGAUGUAGCCUACCACAUGGAGAAAAAUGAAAACAACUGGAUGCACGUGAAUUUAUCCAGUACAAAGCUGGCCCUGCUGCAGAGAAAGCUACAGCAGGACACAAUGUAUGAGGUCAAAGUCCGAUCUAUUCCUGAUGGCAAUUAUUUUGAAGGCUUCUGGAGUGCAUGGAGUCCAAGUUACCACUUUAGAACUCCAGAAACCUAUGGCACAGGUGAUAUGGAUCCUGUUUUGCUAACUAUCAGCAUUCUGAGCUCCUUCUUUGUGGCCCUGUUAAUCAUCUUGGUCUGUGUAUUAUGGAGGAAAAGAAUUAAGCCUAUUGUGUGGCCCAAUCUUCCUGAUCAUAAGAAGACUCUGGAACAACUGUGUAAGAAACCAAAAAAAAAUUUAAAUGUGAGUUUCAAUCCUGAAAGCUUCCUAGACUGUCAGAUUCAUAAGGUGGAUGGCAUUCAAGCCAGAGAUGCAGCAGAAGGCUUUCUGCAGGAUUCAUUUCCUCCACCACUUGAUGAGUCUGAGAAGCAGAAGCUUGCAGGAGGUGUGCAAGGUCUCAACUGGCCCUCUGAUCAUGCAGACACUUCCCCAGAAACUUUCAUGGCAGAUUUACCCCACAGAUGCCUGCCUGAGAAUGUCAGCACUUGUAACAUCCCUGAGUUCCCUUCCUCCAGAUUCCCCAACUGUGGCAAAAAGGGACCCCAUGUGUACCAGGGUCUCCUGCUUAGCUCUGGAACUCCAAAUGGUGUACCCCCUCCUUUGUUUCAUCUUCAUUUGAACCCAGCUCCCCAGGGACAGACCAUCCUCAACUCCCUGGGAUCAAGCCAAGAAGAAGCAUAUGUCACCAUGUCUAGCUUCUACCGAAAUCAGUGA